AUGUUAUUGCAAGCUUCCGUCACGGCACUGGCUUUUGCCGCCGUUUCACUCGCACAGGGCACGACACACAUCCCCGUCGUUGGUGUUCCCGUCGCUUCUGGUGCUGCUGUGCCGCUGAGACAAAAUAUUAAUGACCUGGUCAAAUCGGGGCCGCAAUGGGAUCUCUACGUUCAGGCCAUGUAUAACAUGUCCAAGCUGGAUUCCCACGAUCCUUACAGCUUCUUCCAGAUUGCCGGCAUCCACGGCGCACCGUACAUUGAGUACAACAAGGCCGGAGCCAAGACCGGAGACGGCUGGGUUGGAUACUGCCCUCACGGUGAGGACAUCUUCAUCAGCUGGCACCGCCCUUACGUUUUGCUCUUCGAGCAAGCUCUGGUCUCCAUCGCCAAGGGCAUCGCCAAUGGAUAUCCCGCCUCAGUUCGCGCCACGUACCAGGCGGCUGCGGCCAGCCUGCGAGCCCCCUACUGGGACUGGGCUGCCGACAGCACCGUCCCUGCGUGCACCGUCCCCAACACGCUCAAGAUCAACGUUCCCAACGGCAGCGGCACCAAGUCUGUUGAUUACACCAACCCUCUCCGAACCUUCUACUACCCUCACAUCGCCAUGACCGGCUCCUACGGCGACUUCACCGGCGGAGGCCAAGACCACACCAUUCGCUGCCCUUCGCCUCAGCAGAACUACCCCAAUACCGCCAACGCCAACCUGGCUGCUCGCCCUUACAAGUCCUGGAUUUACGACGUUCUGACCAACUCUCAAAACUUUGCCGAUUUCGCUUCCACCAGCGGACCUGGUAUCAACGUUGAGCAGAUCCACAAUGCCAUCCACUGGGACGGUGCUUGCGGCAACCAGUUCCUUGCUCCCGACUACUCUGGAUUCGACCCUCUGUUCUUCAUGCACCACUCCAACGUCGACCGCAUGUGGGCUUUCUGGGAGGCCAUCAUGCCCAACUCGCCCAUCUUCACUGCCUCCUACAAGGGUCAGUCCCGAUUCAACAGCAAGACCGGAGCCACCAUCACCCCCAACUCUCCCCUGCAGCCUUUCUACCAGGCCAACGGCCAGUUCCACACCUCCAACACCGUCAAGAGCAUCCAGGGCAUGGGUUACUCCUACAAGGGUAUCGAGUACUGGUCCAAGACCCAGGCCCAGAUCAAGUCCGGCGUCACCACCAUCAUCAACCAGCUGUACGGACCCAACUCCUCCGGCAAGCGUGAGGUCCGCGCCUCCGACCUCAUCAAGACCCGUUACUUUGCCAAGAUCUCCGUCAACGUCACCGAGAUUGAGACUCGUCCUUGCGAAAUCAACGUUUACGUCGCUGGCCAGAAGGCUGGCAGCUUGAUUGUCAUGAAGCUCCCUGCAGAGGGCUUGGUCAACGGUGGUUUCACCGUCGACAACCCCAUUGAGGGUCUCCUGCACAGUGGCGGCCGCAACGCCGUCCAGGCCUUUUCCAGCGAUAUCGAAGUUGAGAUUCUCACUAAAGACGGACAGAGCAUUCCCCUCGAGAGCGUUCCCAGCCUUGCCAUCGAUCUCGAGACCGCCAACGUCACCCUGCCCAGCGCCCUCGACCAGCUCCCCAAGUACGGCCAGCGCUCAAGGCACCGUGCGAAGGCUGCCCAGCGCGGACGCCGCUUCCCCAUUCCUACUGGCCUCCCCGGCCAGUAA